AUGGAGGCAGACCUUGCCAAGCUGGCCGACAAGAUGCUGCGCGCCCCCAGAUGCUCCCGGUGCCGGAACCAUGGCUUCCUGGUGCCGGUCAAGGGCCACGCGGGCAAGUGCCGCUGGAAGCAGUGCACCUGCAAGAAGUGCUACCUGAUUACCCAGCGCCAGAAGAUCACGGCCGCGCAGCAGGUACUCCAGAAGCAGGUCUCCGAGGAGGAGCAGGAGGUGGCCCUGUGCGCUCAGGGGCCCCAGCUGGCCUCCGGGGACGCGGCCGCUGUCCCGGGCUCAAGCUUACGCCCGCUGCCUCUGCCUGCCGCUUCGGGAGACGCGCACCCGGGCCCCGAGGGCCGCGCGACCGCCUGCUUCCUCGAGAGACCCCAGCAGGGCUGGAGCCCCGGCCGGAGCACCUUCCAGCCAGUUAUGGGCGGCCGCGGCCACGUGGGGCCGAGCAAACAAGCCGCCGCGGCGAUGCCCAGUUCUCUGAGGCCCCAGCUCGGGGCGGAGGCCGCUGGCCGGGGCUGCCCCGGCCGCCUGGAGCUGAGCAGGUCGCUUCGGCCGGUGCCCAGCCCGCCAUUCGCCAACUUCGGGCCCCCUCUGAGCGUCAACUCAGAUCGUGUGGUGGGGUCUGGGUACCUGGAAAGAGAGCCUUCCAAGCUGUACCACAACUGCUCCAGCAUGCACCCCUACCACCCGUUCCUGCUGCGCUACCAGGAUGCAUCCCUUACCCCGCGGGUCCCCCUGCAGCAGGGCUUCCAGCACAUGUCCUGCAGCCACUACAAUGGAGCAGGCUUGGUGGAGGAGCCAGUGGAAGACCUCCAGACCCGCUACUACCUGCUGCCGCCAGCCCAGUUACCCCCGCGGUACCUCACCAUGCUCCACCGCGUGCCCCCGCCGUCCCCGUCGUCCUCGCUGCCCAUCGUGUCUGACGCGGACAAGGAAAACACUGAUGACCAGGAUGCGGAGGGGCCGUGGGAUCCCAGCCAGCCUUCGUCCCAGGAGCAGUACGACUAG